AUGGAAGCUCUUCAUGUGGCUACGGGUAGUGCACAAGAAUCGGGGAUCAACAAGGGUUUGAAUGUAUCGACCAUGGGUCCGACAAUCUCUCAUCUUCUAUAUGCGAAUGAUGUUCUUUUUGUGGGCGAAUGGACCGAAUCAAACUUUAACAAUCUUGCAAGGAUGUUGAUAUGUUUUCACUUGACAUCGGGUCUUAAGGUGAAUUUCUCAAAGAGUCAACUCUACGGCGUGGGGGUGGAUAAUGUUGAUAUAGCACAUAUGGCUUCCAUACUUGAUUGUAAGAUGGGCUCUUUCCCUUUUAUUUAUCUUGGUCUACCGGUGGGGGCAAAUAUGGGGCUUGCAAAAAAUUGGCAGCCCAUAGUUGAGAGAUUUGAAAACCAACUCUCAUUAUGGAAAGCAAGGACACUCUCUUUUGGCGGCAGAGUGACACUAAUAAAGGCGGUACUAGGCAACUUACCAACUUAUUUUUUCUCUCUUUUUAAUACACCCGUGGAGGUGUUGAAAAGAUUGGAGAAAAUAAGAAGAAAAUUCCUAUGGGGUGGGUGUCUCGAUAACAACAAAAUAAGUUGGGUUCCGUGGUUCAAAAUACUCACUUCGGUGGAACAAGGGGGUUUGGGAAUCAGUAGUUUAAUGGCUACAAACAAGGCACUUAUGGUGAAAUGGUGUGUACGUUUUAAAAAUGAAUCAUCACGGCUUUGGGUACGAGUCAUUAAGUCAAUACAUGAAAGAAUAAGGGGAGCAUCAUCAAUACCACUCAAAAGCUCAAUCGGUGGAGUAUGA